GUUCACAACUUCAAUUGAAUACCGUCGCUCACCUUUAUCAUGCCCACUGAGAAAGAUCCAGGAAACGUUGCCCGUGGUCUGAAGGCUGCGAUCAACAACCCUCGGGUUUCUGAACAAGCCAAAGAGCACGACAGAGAGCGCCUUCGCGACAUGGGCGAGUCCGUCCCUGGAGAGGAGAACACCAGCACCGUUCCCAAAGGUCAAAGGUCCUCGGGUUCAGGCGGCAAAGACCUCGAGGAUGAGGACGUCGAGUACGAAGAGGAAGAGGAAUCAUCUGGUGGUGCUGACCGGACUCGAGUCAUGGCUGGUUACAAGGCGACUUUGAAGAAUCCCAAUGUCAGCCAGAGGGCAAAGGAUCAUGCUGCUGAGAUUCUGGAGCAGAAUGACCUUUAGUUCUUCCCAGUCGAUUGAAGGCAGAAUAUUUGCUACUGACCGCUGAAUGUGAAUCUCCAUGAGUGGAUAUGUUCGUUGCCCCUGACAGUUGUACAGUAUAAUGAAUAACAAUCUCCAACUGUUUUUUUUUACGAGA